AAGUAAGGCCCAUUAACAGGGGAUUGCGCGCGACUCCCGAGUCCGACGCCAAAAUCGUAAUUCGAAACGCGGAUCAAAAGAAAUCUCUUAAGGUCGGAAGAUCCGCACAGGUUCCCGCCUCAACCUCCUCAAAAACCCUAGCUCACCUACUCCGACACCCAAGCUCCUAUAACUCUCCGAUUCAACGAAGAUUUCUUAGACUUCGACAGAUGCCACUAAUCCAUUGAUGACUGGAGAUAGCUGCAGCUUAGUGUCCAAGGAAACGCGUCUCCCUUUGUGUGAUAUGACUAAUGUACCAAGCAAGAGAGGGAUCUCCUCGAUUCCGGGUGACUUUCUUUUGAAGUCUGGGGACGAUGCUGGUAAGACCGUUGCUCGUGAAGGCUCAGGGGUGAAGUUUUCCAAGAGGUUGUGUUUAGUUGUAGACGACUUGGUCAAGGAGAGUACUAGGACUAGUGAUACAAACGACGGUUCUUCUUCUGAUGGCAAGAUUAGUUUUGGUGACUCACCUGCUGAUUCCGAGAAUUUCGAUUUGAAAGAAUCUCAGGGUGAAACCAAUGCUGUGGAUACUGCGGUGGAACUUACUCAGAGAGAGUGUGACAAGGACUCGAACGUUGCUGACUUUUCAAGUCAAACUGAUCCUGUUGCCGGUGAAGAUUUAACCAUGACUGUCUCCAGUAGCAGCAAUUGUGAGAGUGAUGAUAGGUUGGCGACGGUGGCUGCCGAAGGAACGGGUUUGUUGGCUAGUUCUGAGACUAUCAAACCGUUUAAUAUGAGCAGAUGUUCGGCUGUUGACAAUAAUAUGGAUGCUGAUGAUGAGCUUAAAUCAUGCUCUUGUUCCUUUUGCCUCAAAGCUGCAUAUAUCUGGUCAGAUCUCCACUACCAGGAUAUCAAAGGUCGAUUAUCGGUACUGAAGAAGAGCCAGAAAGAAGCUAGUAGCUUGAUCCGGAGGAAUGGUAAAGGAAGGGCAACGGAUGUGUAUGGAUCUGAAAACUCCAAUAACUCCACAAAUGUAGAGUUUGAUGUCAUGGGUCAAUGGACAUCUCUCUUUCUUAACAUGGAGGGUAUCUUGGCUCGUGAAAGCAGCCACCUUCAGGAUAGCUUCGUAACCAUGAAAGAGUUGAGAGAAAAUUGCAAGAUUGAUCUGGAGAGAGCGACGAAAACACCUCAACAGAACAACACUUAGGUACUGUUGUUGUUUUUAAGACUGGUUUGAACUUUGGAAGGCUCUGUAACCUUUGAAAGCAACUCAUGUAUGUAUCAUAACUUCUAUUGUCAUCCGAUUAUUGCAUCUUUGUUACUCGUUAGUUAUGAUAAUCUUUGCUUCUCUUAGCAAUUUGUCGGUUCUUUAAGAAUUGUUGUUACCAUAUUGGAUCCCAUUGUCUCUUGAGCAUGUCUUCAUUUGGUUUCUCAUCCUUUUAAUACUUCAAAUGCCCCUUGACAAACCUAAAUAAUUAGGUGAUUCAAAGUGUCAUUAAGUAAAGUUAAGAGGUGUGCUGAGUCCACUAGUACGGAGAAUCUAUUAAGGUACAUUGAAUCAUAAUAACCCUUGUCAUAUUCAUGCCUAUUAGGAUAGCAAUAAAUUCAUUGAGAAUAGGGGAUAUUCGCUUGUUUCUUUCUUCAGAUUACUACAAAAUCUAACUGGAUUUCUAUUAAAAUAUCUUUUAAAAAAACGCGAAACAAAAAAAGAGUAGAGAAUAUUCAUUAGAGAUUCACGUUUUUCCUGAAGUCAAAUCCACCUAAGAGUCCUAAGAGCAUGAUUAACCGGGGUUUUUAAUUUAGGGUUCUUAAUUCAUGAUUUGACAUUUUUUUUUAAUAUUUUUCGAAGAACCAGUUUUUAUAUCUCUUAUUUAAGAGACGGUUCCUAGCUUCUUUUAGUUAAAAGCUAAGAAACAGUUCUUAAC